AUUGUCCAUAAAGUAAUCUUAUCUUAAUAAAGGUCUUAGCUACUUUAUAUAAAAUUGUUUACUCUAUUCAAGAGCGAGAACAACCGCCGUCAUGUCGACCAUUAUAAACUUUGAAGAAUUCCUCGGAUUGGCGAGUUUUUUCUGUGCCAAUAUCGGCAUUAAACUGUGGGGUCCAAGCGAUGGUAUCAGGCAACAUUUUGUAUUGUACCUUACCUCAAUCAAUUUGUUUCUAACAGUCUUUGCUGAGUGUAUUUACAUCAUCGGGGCCAUCAGAACUGACUUUAUAGUAGCCAUCAUGACAUUAUCCUACGUUAGUUUCAUUGUGGUGGCGUUUGUCAAGUGGUACUAUCUCAUUAACUAUCAUACUGAAAGAACCGUGUUUUUCCAACGCCUCGAAGCGCUCUUUCCGCAUACGAAAUCAGAACAAGAAACCAUAAAGUUGAGUAAAUAUCUUCGUUUGAAUAAGUUGGCAACUAUGAGUUAUACGAUCACCUUUAUGGUGGUCAUUUGGAUUUACAAUUUGUAUACGAUCUCGCAACGUUUCAUUUAUACGAAUUUGUUGCACGUACACAUUGAACGCGUUCUGCCCUAUCAAGCUAUGUAUCCGUGGGAUUGGCGUGAUAAUUGGACUUACUAUGUGAUUUAUGUGACGCAGAGUUUUGCCGCCUGGCACUCGACUUGCGCACAGAUCGCCUACGAUCUGCUGCUCUGCAUCCUAUCCAUGCAUUUGAUCAUGCAUUACGAUCACAUUUCUCGCAGCUUGGAGGGAUAUCAAACAAAAUUUGCCGAAGUGCAUGGAGUAGAGACCAGUAAUAGUUUGCAGCAAUUGGCGAGAGUCGCUGUGGAACUUAAGGCGGUUAAGGAGGAUAUAAAAUUUAUAUCGAAUAUUGUGGCAUAUCACAAUGAAUUGUUGAGUUUGUCCUCCUCAUUGAACAAACUGUUUGGUCUGCCGCUUUUUGUGAACUUCUUCACAUCGUCGGCUAUUAUUUGUUUUCUCAGUUUUCAAAUGUCCGUUGCUAGAGAACUUGACCUACUAUUAAAGUUGGCGGUCUUUUUAUUUUUUUCCAUAUUGCAAGUGUAUCUCAUCUGUCAUUUUGGACAAUUACUAAUGGAUGCGAGUACAAAUGUGGCAAGUGCUGCUUUUUUUCCUAAUUUAUGUCAUGCGGAUGUAAGUUUUCAGAAAAUGACAAUACUGGUUGCCAAACGGGCUCAAGAGGCCGCGGCAUUGAAGGCAACAAACUUCAUAACAAUCUCACUGGACACCAUGACCAUUAUCAUGCAAAUAUCGUACAAAUUCUUUACGGUCUUGCGUACUAUGUAUGACGAUUAAUUUUUGUUGAGGAAAUCGCUUAGGUCAAAAUAUUUAUAACCUAAAAUAUGUAGUAUUCACUUAGAUAUAGUAACUGUAGCUCCAUUUAUAGAAAAUAAAUGCAGACCUGUAUUUAAUUCAGUUUUGUAUUUAAUGUGGAAAAAUAUCUCCGGGUCAGGGUUAGGUUAUGUUAACUAUUAUAGG